CAGAUGAGAUAAGUGUGCUUAUAUAUUAUAUUAUAUAAUAAAAUGCUUAUAUAUUAUCAUUAACAAAUUUCUUGGCAUUUUUAUAUGGUUAGGGAGAGUAGUACACUCUUUAAAAGAAUGUGUUAAUAUUACAUUGUUUGUGUUGUGCUAUUUAACACAUUAUGUAUUAUUGUAACAAAUGAAAUAAAUGAAAGGGACAACACAAGUUGUGUUAAAGGUAACGCAACAUGUCGCAAGGUUCAGAGAAGGACAACACACCCCUAUUCUCUCUUUAAAAUCCCCAAAAGUCACUUUGGCAUGUUGUUUUUGCCUAUAAAAAGAAUAAAGAGUUGAUUCACAACCAAGCUCACAAUAAGAAAGUAACGAGGAGGAAGAGAAUAAAUUGCAGCAGAAAUAGAGAGUGGUUGAGAGAGGGAACUUGAGUCAAAAGUGAGAAAAAUGCAAUGAAGGGAGGGGUAUAUUGAGAGUGAGAGAGAGAGAGAGAGCAUCAGUUACUGCUGCAGGACAAGUUUAAGUGUGACUGUCUUCUCAUCCGUUUGUUCCGAAAACGAUCGAACAGGACAGAGAAACUAUAAAGCAGAAGAGACUACAAGUACACUUACAGGAAAGCAACAUUUCAUUAAGUUGAUCAACCACAUCAUCAUCAUGAUGACGGAAAAGAAGAAGCUGAUUCUACCGCUGGUUGUCGUGGCAUUUUUGUCUCCAUGUCUUGGGAUAAGCAAUGAAGUGGAUUAUGGGAACUGGAACUACAGAGAUGGAGCGGAGAACGUGAACGUGGCAAACAUCCGUAGCAUCACUCGAGUGUUGGACGCCUGGGGCAAACGUAUAUUCAAAGACAUCAAGACACUCCUACACUCACAACCCAGUGAUCUCCUGCCAGACUACUCCAGGGUUCGUCCUCUUUCGGAGUCCCUAAAUGAUCUCUUCAGAGAAGUCUCCCAUUUACAGAAACGAAUCACAGACCUUAACAAUCGCCUAGCAACCCUGGAACCCUUCUUUCGUCAUCACGGUUACCGCGAGGAAGGGGAGGAUGGAGAAGAUGGCAAAGAUCAUCCGCCUCAGGGUGAGACAGGGGGGACUAUUAAAAGCAUGUCAAAGUAUCAGCGGCGGUACAAGGAUCCAGAACUCCGGCCUAUUAGGGUGGUGCGUGUUAGGCGAGUGAGAGUGAACAAUGAAAAAAAAAAAGGUCAAGGCAAGUGAAAGGUUGGAAAAAAAUGUGAGAAGAUAAAAAAUUAGGCAUACUGUAAAACAAAAUCAUUAGUCAUUUAGCAGACGCUUCUAUCCAACAAUCAUAUACUGAACAGACUUAACAUCUAAUAUAACCAGUUUCAACUUUAUUCAACUUUUAAGGUUAAGUAAUACGCAACUAGAUAUGCAACUAGAUUUUUAACAUCAAUUUCAAUUCAAGUGAUUUAUAAAUCCAGUUGGAUUCAAUUAAGAAAAUUGAGGAAGCAUUUAUGCUAAAGUUUUUUAGUUUAAACAUUUUUGCAGUGGAUUAAGAAAAUAGAAAGAGAAUAUGAUCAGAUAUAUUUUUUAUAUAUUGGGAUGUUAUUCUGGAUGAUCAUUGCACAAUAUUGGUCUUGUGUUUAAAAGUCACAUAUUUAAGUAUUCUGCUUCGACUGUUAUGUACACAAAUGCUUAAAACGUGCACAAAUUGCACAUUCUUCAUCCCUUCAUGAACUGCCAAACUAAAACAAACUAUAAAUUGAGUCUCUCUUUAAUAAAUUACCAUUUUAAACAGUAGGCUAUACUUUAAGAAGGUGUUAUGCUAUUCAAAUCCCUUAUGCUUCCCCUAUGUAUCCCUUAUAAGUCUGAUUUUUUUUAACCAAGUACCAUUUUCUGUUAGCUGGAGCGACAGAAAUAUACCGUAAAAUUCCCCCCCCCCCCGGUGAAAUAACAGGACAUAAGGACAUAUAAUAAAUUGUUUUCCCUGUUCUUCUUGUAAAUUUGCUGUCUUUUUCUGUAAUUUUAAACUGUUUGACCGUAUUUCAAAAAUUGUGUAAGGAAAUCUUGUUGAAAUACGGACGUUUUCUGGCAGCUGGGGCGCUUUUCUUGUACAUUAACGGUCUUUUCAUGGAUACAACAUUUUUUGACCGUCUUUUAAAAAAAAAAAGUAAUAUGUGGAAAAUUUGCGUGGAAAAUCUGUUAAAGAAAUAAUUUAAUAAAGGCAUGCAAGAUAAACAUA